AUGAGGCGGCCGACGCGGCGGCUGGCGCUGUCGCUGCUCGGGGUGCUCUGGAUCGCCGCCCUGCUGCUCUUCUUCGGGGCGCGGAGGCAGCUGGAGGCGGCCGGAGCCGAGGGGCACACGCCGCAGGGCUCGGAUAUGGACUGGGACGACCUCUGGGAUCAGUUUGAAGAGCGAAGAUACCUGAGUGCCCGGAAGUGGAAGGGCGGUGAGGACCCGUACCGGCUCCACGCCUUUAACCAGCGGGAGAGCGAGAGGAUCCCCAGUGACCGUGCUGUCCGCGACACGAGACAUUACAGGUGUAUGACUUUACACUAUCGUCCGGAUCUCCCACCAACUAGCGUCAUCAUUACCUUCCACAAUGAGGCCAGGUCUACUUUGCUAAGAACAAUUCGAAGUGUGCUGAACCGCACCCCAGUGCAUCUCGUCCAUGAAAUUAUACUAGUGGAUGACUUCAGCGAUGAUCCUGAUGACUGCCGUUUAUUGGGCAAGUUACCUAAGGUGAAAUGCUUACGUAAUGGACGACGAGAAGGUCUGAUCCGGUCCCGGAUCCGAGGGGCAGAUGUGGCACAAGCAGGAGUCCUGACCUUCCUAGACAGUCACUGCGAGGUGAAUAAGGACUGGUUGCUCCCUCUGCUGCAGAGGAUCAAAGAGGAUCCUACUCGAGUGGUCAGUCCUGUUAUUGACAUCAUCAACUUGGACACUUUUGCCUACGUGGCAGCUUCCUCAGAUCUCAGAGGAGGUUUUGACUGGAGUCUACAUUUCAGAUGGGAGCAGCUUUCCCCAGAGCAAAAAGCCAAACGACUUGAUCCCACUGAACCCAUUAAGACUCCCAUCAUUGCUGGGGGGCUGUUUGUGAUUGACAAAGCCUGGUUCAAUCACCUGGGAAAAUAUGACAGCGCCAUGGACAUCUGGGGUGGGGAGAACUUCGAAAUCUCUUUCCGUGUGUGGAUGUGUGGAGGGAGCCUUGAAAUUAUCCCCUGCAGUCGUGUUGGACAUGUCUUCCGGAAGAAACAUCCGUAUGUCUUUCCAGAGGGAAAUGCCAACACAUACAUUAAAAACACCAAGCGCACAGCGGAGGUUUGGAUGGAUGAAUUCAAACAAUACUACUAUGCAGCUCGUCCUGCAGCGCAAGGAAGGCCUUAUGGAAAUGUCCAGAGCAGAGUGGAGCUGCGGAAGAGGCUGAAGUGCCACAGCUUCAAGUGGUACCUGGAAAAUGUUUAUCCUGAGCUUAGGAUUCCUGAGGAAUCGCUCUACCAGACUGGGAUGAUCAGGCAAAGGCAGAGCUGUCUGGAAUCACACAAGUCUGAAGGCCAAGAGUUCCCAGCCUUGAGCUUAAAUCCUUGCACCAGCAGCAAAGGCACAGCAGCAACAGCACAGGAAUGGACAUACACAUACAACCAUCAAGUCCGCCAACAGCAGCUAUGCUUGUCUGUGUACACCCUCUUCCCAGGUUCCCAGGUGCUGCUGUCGCCUUGCAAAGAAGGUGACAACAAGCAGCGAUGGGGUAAAGUUGGGUCGCACAUUGAGCACAUAGCUUCACGCUUCUGUUUGGACGCUGAGACGAUUGGGGACACGAACGAGAGUACCAAAGAGCUUGUCAUCAACCCUUGCGAAAGCACAGCCAUGAGUCAGCGCUGGGACAUGGUGAUGUCUUGACCUGCUUGAGGACUUACCUAGCUGGGGCAGGCAUCAAGUCUUUGCUACGUGCAACCAAGAUACACUAAAUGGAGCUCAAAUGCAAAACCAUUGAGGGUUCUUGUGUAUUAUGGGGCAGGAGAAGAAUCAUUCAAAUAAAAAUAAGGACAUGGCACUCUAGGUUGAACAACAAAUGUCGACUGCAGGACAUGCAGCCAUUAUUGGCUUGUUCGUAGUCAUACAUUUAAAGAGAAGGGAUAGUAAGAAACCAAUCUUGAAAUGGUCUUAAAGUGACACUUAGGCUCCUGGGAUGUGCCCUAUGGAAGUUCAGUGUGUAUAGUAUUUAUUAAUCUCACUGGAAACACAGUUUGAAGAGCCAUGGAGAUCAAGAGGAGCCUUGGACUCAGCAAAACAAGCAUUUCUGUAACUUUGUAAGGGGUGAGGCAGAUGCACAAGGAGAGGACUUGCCAAGGGAUGCUAAGAAACAUAACCUGGGGUCAGGUGAAAAACACUGAAUAAUCUUUGCACUUUUUAUUGUGGUGGUGGAGUUUGUCUUCUGAAGACAGGGUGGGCGGAACUAUGGUGCACAUUUUAGUUUGUGUGUGAUCCAUGUACAUGUUGCGUGUACAGAAAGGCUGUGCUGUGAUUUAGGAGUGCAGCCAGGAUCAAACCAGCAGGUAAUGGAAAAGUCCUGCUCUGUGCAAACUGCCCAUGAGUGUUGCUGAAUCUCCAAAGUCCAAGCAAAGAGAGGAUUCAUUGUGUGAGAUUAAAGGAUACAAACUGCUGUGACACUGGAAGGAGAAAAAGUAACAUGAUUAUUUCACCUCUCUGAAGGCCAUGGGUGAGCCUCAACUGUUAAAAAUUCCCUUAUAAUCUCAAUACAUGUCUCUCAUUACUUCAAAUCUGGAAUAAGUCAUUUUUUCACUCUAUUCCAUAAAAUUAAUAUUUUUGAUAA